GGCGCUCUGAGAAUCUUACGGUUUUAGGGUUUUUGACCGUUCGAUAUAAAAUUUUUGCAAUAAAAAAUGACGAAGUUUGCGAGUUAAAUCUUGGAGAUCGCCUGCUUUAAUGGAUGCACAACUAUGGCACGGUUCACAUCUCGUUGGGCAGCAGUUUUCAAUUGCUGUCUUCCAGUAAACUGCCGUAAUUUCCACGGCAUUCCGAGUCGACACGUUCUUUCAGGAAGCCACAGUGUUUUACAGAGGGCCGCGUUGUCGCCUUACCCGCGCCUUGAAACCCGCUGCUUGUUGGUUGAGCCCUGGCUUAGUUGUCUGCAGAGCACGAGAUGGACUCACACGACUCACUUUUCACGGCAGCAUUGCAAGGAUGAUGACGAAGGCAAGAAAACUGAAGACACAGUGCCGGAAAGUAACGGUGAUGGGCAUGAUGGUCUUAUUAGCCUGGAGGAUCUAGUGUUCCAUAUCUUGAGCAAUGAAGAGAAGAAGGUUGCACUCAGAGACUUCUUUGCCGUUUUAGCUUCCAAGGGGCUACGGCAAACAGAUCCUCGCCUCCAGGAGUCCCUGCAGAAAAUCCAGGACAAAUUCACCCAACAGUAUCCCGACAACCUCAGCGACACUAUUCUUGAACGGAAAGACUUUCAAGAAUGUAUAUCGUCAAAUAUCGUCCUGAUCGGUCGCGCUCUACGCAACAUGUUCAUCUUGCCAGAUUUCCCACACUUUACUGCUCAGGUGGACAGACUGUACGAGGAGAUCAAGAUGAACACCAGUGGAGAGCUGGCAACUUACAUUCCCCAGCUUGCUCGUCAGAACCCGAACCACUGGGGCGUGGCCCUCUGCACUAUCGAUGGCCAGCGGCAUUCCGUUGGCAAUACCACCGUGCCUUUCUCCCUUCAGUCCUGCAGCAAGGCGCCCAUCUAUGCUGAGGUGCUGACUCGCCACGGUGCCAACUACGUCCACCAUUUUGUGGGCCAUGAGCCUAGCGGCCGGCCCUUCAAUGACUUGUGCCUCAACGAUUUGAACAAGCCUCACAAUCCCAUGAACAACUCUGGUGCUGUGUUGGUGCUGUCACUUCUGAGUCAAAGCCGCAACAUGGCCGAUCGUUUUGAUGACAUCAUGCAACGCUUCAAAGAGAUGGCGGGUGGCGAGUUUGUGGGAUUCAGCAAUGCAACAUUUCUGUCAGAGAAGGAAUCAGGAAAUAGAAACUAUGCACUCUGUUACCUCCUGCAAGAAUAUGGAUGCUUUCCAGAGGGAGUAAAUCCAAUGGAAACACUUGACCUUUACUUCCAGGUCUGCUCUCUGGAAGUCACUUGCGAAUCUGGAAGCGUUAUCGCCGCCACGUUGGCUAACGGUGGCAUCUGCCCAAUGACGGGCGAGACAGUCUUUGACCCUGCUGCAGUACGUGACACGCUCACUGUGAUGUCGUCAUGUGGAAUGUACGACUACUCCGGCCAAUUUGCCUUUAAGGUUGGAAUGCCGGCCAAGUCGGGCGUAGCUGGUGGCAUCAUGGUCGUAGUGCCUAACGUCAUGGGUUUCAUGCUGUUCUCACCUCUACUGGACCGGUUUGGCAACAGCGUCAGAGGAGCCGACUUCUGCGAGAAACUUGUCAGCAUGUAUAACUUCCACAACUAUGACAAUCUACUCCAUGCUACCAAAAAGCAAGACCCAAGAAAACAACGCAUCGAAAGCAAGGCCUCGCGAGUUGUCAAGCUCCUCUUUGCUGCAUACAACGGGGAUGUGAGCGUGCUCAGACAGUACCUCCUGCAGGGUGCAGACAUGGAGCAGCGAGAUUACGACGACCGUUCAGCGCUGCAUGUUGGCGCAGCACAGGGGCAUGUCGAGGUGGUCCGCUUCUUGCUGGAGAAGUGCAAGGUGGACCCAAACAUGAAAGACAGAUGGGACCGUACUCCAGUGGAUGAUGCCGAGAAGUUCGGACACACAGAAAUUGCUGCAUUGCUGCGAGCGGCUGCGUCAUCCAGGCAACUGUCCUCCUAGCAACCAUUUUCUGAGCAGCUGCCUUUGCAAUUCCACAACCACUAUUCCCAAAGCAACUGCCUUUCUCCCCAUUACAGUUGUCAUGGUGAUAUCAUUCCCAGUAAUUCUAACAUGAUCCUCGCAAUCAAUCCAAAACCUGUUUCCUUUGCAACUACCCACCUACAUGUACAUGUAGCUAAACUGUGUCCCUGGCCACAGUUUUCUAGUUAUCGUCCUCGUUGCAACCAUUGUCCUGACAACAAUAUGGGGGGAUCCGCUUUCCUAGCAACCACCCUAGAAACGUCACAGCAUCCAUCAUUGUUACAACCAUCUUCUUAGCAACCGUCAUCUCAGAAACAAUCUUCCAAGGAGCCAUCCUCUCAACAAACAAUCCAAGCAACCAUUUUCCUAGCAACUAUCCUGGUAACCAUUGCCUUAUUAACAGUCAUCCUCUUGGCAAACAAGCUUCCUAGCAACCGUUGUCAUAGAAACAGUACAAUUAAGUCAUCUAUAUAACGCACUUAAUACUCACGAUGUAUUCACAGCACUGAACAAUAACCAAACAAAAGAAAAUGGAAAGAAUCCUCAAUCAAGUGACUAAGUGAAGUACAUACAUGUAAAUUAGUCAAAUAUAAACAAGGAAUAAAGAAAGCAUGAAUGUUUAAUCAAAUAUACAUGUACACGUAUAGACUUUCUUAAGACAUCCAAGGAAGGACUCAGGCAGAUGUGCUGUACAUGUUUAUUCCAGAGCCAAGGUGCCUGUGCCUGGAAUGGAUUGUCACCAGCUACAAUUAGAUGUUCUGGGUACAUGAAGCAGGGUUGAGACCAGACUUAGAACGCAGGCCAAAGUCUUGUAGAGAUGCAGUGUAAUGAGGGUGGAGACAGGUGCAAGCUUUCUUGUGAAGACUGUUGUAACCAAGAAUCAGAAGUUGGGAAACAGUCUGUUGUUUGAUGGGCAGUCACUGCAGACAGUGCAACAAAGGAGGACAUGUUUGCAUUGUUAGGCCUUGAAAAUAACUCAUCUGCCCAUUGCCAGCUGUAAUCCCUCUUUCCAAAUUGUCAUGGUUGACUUUCAUGAUGUAGACUUACCAGCUCAUUCUUCAAAGAACACCAUCACAAUGGACUACAUGUACAUGUAUAUUAUUAUUACAGUUGAUGGGUCCUAGCUUUUUUCUUUUGCAGAAUAGAUGUAUGGAAAAAAUAAAUUUUGCAGUUUUUGUUCCAUGUAUGAAUAAUGAUAUCCUAUGUGAAUUUUGUAGGUAGUUUCUUUUUAAACAUACAGAUUACAUAUUUUUGUACUGCAGACUGUUUGGUGAUUUUCAACAGCGCCCUCAAGAGUCGAGUAUGAGACAUUUUUACCAGUAAUAGAAUAAAUGUCUUUGUACUUAAUGUACAGACACUGUCUUAA